AUGCCGCCGGGGAUCGUGCCCUCGCCCUGGCUGGCCCGAAGCGUGGAUGCGCCAAGCCUGCGGUCAAAGGCGAAGGCGAAGGCUCCUUCGCCCGCCUGCGAGGAGGCGCGGCGCUUGUUUCAGCGCGGCGCAGGCCGCGCGGCGGCGCAGAAGCUGCUGCUGCGUGGGGCCAGCGCGAGCAGCCAGGUGGAGCAAGAGGAUGUGGUGGAGGGGUUGAACCUGGUGGCCUUCGCCUGUGGCGUGGCCUCGGACCGGGCCGGUCUUCAGAACCUCCUUCGCGAGGUGGCCUCGAUCCUCGGCCCGCUCCGGACCUGCGACAGGGAAGAGUUGAAGGAUGGGGUCACAGGCAUGGUGAGUGAGACCUUGAAUGGUGUCCUCCGAGCUUGGGGCUCUCAACCCUGGCCAUGUCAAGAAGAUGUGCGCUUGCGCCACCGCAAGAGUUCGGGCCACUUGGAUUCGUGGCUCCGUGGCGUGGCAGUCAGGCAGAGCCCGAUAGAUUUGGUGGAAGACCCCCGACUGUUCGACUCCCAGGCCAUUGGCGCCUUCAAAUGGCUUUCGAUUUGCUUCGUGCCAUUUCUCCUCGCGUACAUCGUGCUCAGCACUAGCCCUACCACCUUUGAGCCCGUUCACACCGAUGUGUACCAAAUCGAUCAAAGUGAGAUGGCCUUCAAGGGUCACAAGGACCAGUACAACUUCACCCAACAUCGGCCUGACUAUUGCACCGCUCCGCAGAACUUCUCCUGCGAUUGGUAUUCCCAUGAGGUGAAUGCCUCGGGCUGCAGUGCUUUGAGACACUCGCCCUACUUCAACUAUCCCAUGACCGAUGCUGAGGGCCAUGGGAUCUUCAUCCCAACCAUGUUGGGCUGGAAGACGGUUCGCCUCAGCUGCGGUGAUGCGGGCUGCACACGCGAAGAGAGCACCGAAUCUCACCAAGUCUACCUGCCCUACGCUGCCGACUUUGGCCGAUUGAUGUUCAAAGCGCGGCCCCACUUGCCGGACUGGGAGUGGAAAGGUGUGAACGGCCCACUUUGUCUCUUCGAAGACAGUGGCCACCAGGGCACCCCACUGCAGCGGGCACACCAGCUGGGAACCACGGAGUGUUUGCUUCAGUUCAGCUACAACAACUCCAUGGUCCGUUUGAACAGCGCGCACGUCUAUUCGGGCGAGUGGGGCGAGAUUUUCAUCAGCAUCCCAGCCCUUUUCAACUUCUCAGAGCGCUUCGGCGAGCUCCCCCUGAGCAGCGCGACGCGCGACCGGGACGCAAGCGGCAAGCAGUUCACGGCGGAGCGCUGUGCCCCACGCAGUCGUGGUGGACGCUUCCAAGUGCGAGUGUCCACGGAAGAGGCCUUGGCGUUUCCGGAAUUCCUGGGCAUGCGGAUCCCCAUUGAGAUGUCCAAGAGCCCGGUUUGCUGGUUCGGCUCUCCGUGGUUGGAGAAGUUUGUCCACCACGACAUCUGGCAUUGGUUCCAAUUGGUGGAUGCUGGACAUCACUGGCGCUGCUGGCGCUUGAGGGUUCACAUCGUCUACGAUCCGCUCUUUUUCCAUCACCAGAGGAUCACCCGGGAGGCGGAUCACAUCGGAGGCGUCGCCGUCUUCGAGGAGCGCAAGGACGCGGGUUUCGCCUUUCUCUUGGAGAGUAAGACGGGCACCGUGCGGAGGUUCAACUUCGGAGUCUUCGUAUUGGCGUUGACUGCUUUGACCUGGCUGGUGAGUAUGCCCCGACUCAUUUGUGAGAUCAUGGCAGUGGCCUCGAAGUGGGUGCCUGGCAGAGACGUCUACCGCGCGGUGCUCUAUCGAACCUUCAACAUCCGCAACGAGAUCGUGGCGUGGAUGGUGCGCUCGCUGGAGGCCGCGAACACCCUGCGGAGGAUCAGCCAGAAGGAUGGAAACACUGAGUCUGUGGAAAUCGGCGCCAUCAUCGACGAGCUGCGCAAGGCCUUCAGGAACCACCAGGAAGCCGAGGAUGUCAUUGAACACCUCUCCAACUUCCUGCUUCAAACGAUGGAGAAGAAGGAGUUGGCGGAUUGGGUGCGACAAGUGCAGAAGACCGAGGUGGUCAAUACAACUCGCUUGGCCGAAUGGGACCAGGAUGCUUUUCAGUCUGUGAAAGAGAUCUGGAGGAAUGUGCGCACCAAGUCAUUUCAGUGUGUCGGCGAAGAGGGCUCAGAGUCGGAAGUUGAUACCUCCAUGGACACGGGCGGUUCGGAGCAGCCACAGGGCGCCCACCGACGGGUCUGGCAGCUUCUGGAGACAGAUUCCGGACCGCCGUAG